GGCUUGCAGCCUGGGUCUUGGCGGUUUCGGUGCCCGAAGCCGGGAGCGCAGAGUCGUUCCCGGAGCGCGGCCAGGCUAUGAUCGCGGGUCCCUGGCGUCCCGCUCCGGCCAACCAGAGUCCCUGUCUCAGCUUGUGCCCGUGCCUGAGCGGUCUCCUCAACCCAGCCCCGCGGCGCGGUUGGCGGCGGCCCCCGGCGCGCCCCCUCCUCCGAUGGCGGCGGAGAUCCAGCCCAAGCCGCUGACCCGCAAGCCCAUCCUGCUUCAGCGGGUCGAGGGGUCCCAGGAGGUGGUGAAUAUGGCCGUGAUCGUGCCCAAGGAGGAGGGCGUCAUCAGCGUCUCGGAGGACAGGACCGUUCGUGUCUGGCUGAAGAGAGACAGUGGACAAUAUUGGCCAAGCAUAUACCAUGUGAUGCCUUCUCCAUGUUCAUGCAUGUCUUUUAACCCGGAAACAAGAAGACUGUCCAUAGGUCUAGACAAUGGUACAAUCUCAGAAUUUAUUUUAUCAGAAGAUUAUAACAAGAUGACUCCUGUGAAAAACUAUCAAGCGCAUCAGAGCAGAGUGACGAUGAUCCUGUUCGUCCUGGAGCUGGAGUGGGUGCUGAGCACCGGGCAGGACAAGCACUUUGCCUGGCACUGCUCUGAGAGCGGGCAGCGCCUGGGGGGUUAUCGGACCAGUGCCGUGGCCUCGGGCCUGCAAUUUGACGUUGAAACCCGGCAUGUGUUUAUUGGUGACCAGUCGGGCCAAGUAACCAUCCUCAAACUGGAGCAAGACAACUGCACCUUGGUCACAACCUUCAGAGGACAUACAGGUGGGGUGACUGCUCUCUGUUGGGACCCCGUCCAGCGAGUCUUGUUCUCUGGCAGCUCUGAUCACUCAGUCAUCAUGUGGGACAUCGGCGGGAGGAAAGGGACGGCCAUCGAGCUCCAAGGACACAACGACAAAGUCCAGGCCCUUUCCUAUGCGCAGCACACACGGCAGCUCAUCUCCUGCGGUGGUGACGGUGGGAUUGUGGUCUGGAACAUGGACGUGGAGCGGCAGGAGACCCCUGAAUGGUUGGACAGCGAUUCCUGCCAAAAAUGUGAUCAGCCUUUCUUCUGGAACUUCAAGCAAAUGUGGGACAGUAAGAAAAUCGGCCUACGACAGCACCACUGCCGCAAGUGUGGGAAGGCCGUCUGCGGCAAGUGCAGCUCCAAGCGCUCCUCCAUCCCCCUGAUGGGCUUCGAGUUUGAAGUGAGGGUCUGUGACAGCUGCCACGAGGCCAUCACGGAUGAAGAACGUGCACCCACGGCUACCUUCCAUGACAGUAAACAUAACAUUGUGCAUGUGCAUUUUGAUGCAACCAGAGGAUGGUUACUGACUUCUGGAACUGACAAGGUUAUUAAGUUGUGGGAUAUGACCCCGGUCGUGUCUUGAUGACACUGCAGGCAUCAGAAAGAUCGUGCUGACUCAAGAAACGGUUGUUCUAAUACAUAUCAUUACUGGAGCUGCAAGCAGACGGGUGAGAGUUGGAGAGACACCGCAGAGCCGGGCUGAGCUGCCACAGCGGUGACGCACACUGCUGAGCUCGCAAGUGCACGCUGGCGAGGGGACCGUUCCAUGUGUGUUCUUAGAUAUAAAAGAAGAUAUUUUUCAGCAAGUGGUUUGUACAGUCUGGCUGUGCUACAGUGUUUUGAGCAGACUGAAAGGGCUGUGUGGGGUGUUUAAUUUUUGUAUUUUUCAACACUUCGUUUUAGUUGUUGCUUUGCGUGUCGGGAAAGCGACGCUAGCAUCUGUUCAGGGUAUUUUUGGUCAUUAUAAAGCCGUUUCCGUGCUUUCUUCACUUCGGCACGUUAAUUAUGUGGUCAGCGUCUUUUUCCUCUCUCUGUGUUACCUCCCCUUGGCCUCAUCUGCUCUUUGUCAGUGGAUGUGUUUAUAUUUACACUCUUUCUUCUCAGUGUUUCUGCUUGCACAGAAAUCCUCUUCGACAGAGAGAGCUGGAAACCAUUCGUGAGGGUUUUCCAACUGACUUCUUGAAUCGCCUGAAGAGUCAUCCUUUGGCUGUCUAAUGCAUUCAUGUUCUAAGUAGACUUGACCUUGUGCUUCUGCCUGUUUCCCUGUCUUUCCCAAGUGACAAGUAUGUGGUAAGGAAGCUGCUCCCAACCAUUGUCCCCACAGAGGUGGGUGAUUGUAACUCAGAGCUUCAACUCUUAGUGCCUGGGUCAUUUCUAAUUCAGCUGGAGCCGUCUCAGCCUUUCCUGUCUUAGCUUUAUUCACAUAGGUCUUUCUCACUCACAGUAUUGAAAACAAACACAACAAAACAAAACACCAUGACCUUCAAGAAGAAAAAAAAGUGUCUGUAACGUGUUUCUCCGCGUGACAUCACCUCUGAAUUUGAAUGUGUUCGUUACUGAGAGAUUGUAUCCUGCUCUACUCCUCACCAUCUGUAUUCUCUUCCCCUUUAAAAAUAUAGAUAUUUAAAGAUUUUUAUCUUAAUGUAUUUUAGAAUACUGUGCACACUUUAGUACUAAAACUGUGUGAUCUGAAAUGUAAAAGGUACCGAGUCCUACAGCUCAUACUGUGUUCCAGUUGCGAAUGUUUAAAAAAAAAAAAAAAAGGUG